AUGAUACACCCGUCGCGACAGGCCUACGUCCAAGAGGCCGAGGCCGCCGUGGGUGUCGCCCUGGAGGAUCUUCCCGAUAACCACGACUAUGACCUUCCCACCGCCGGCGGCGCCGAGAAGGCCUCGGCCAUCCUCAACCAGUUCAACCGAAAGCGCCUCGCGGCCACCAUUGCCGUUCCCACCGACGAUGGCCGCGUCCGCGCCAGGCUAAGAGAGAUGGGCGAGCCCGUCACCCUCUUUGGCGAGGGCCCGGCCGAGAGGCGCGACCGUCUGCGCGAGCUCCUGACCAUCCAGGCCGAGAUGACAAGUCUGGAAAACGGCGACAUCACAAUGGAGGACGCCUCGGACGACGACGCCGCUGAAGAGCAAGAGGAAGAGUUCUACUCGAGAGGAGGCGACAAGCUGCUCCAGGCUCGCCUCGACAUCGCCCGCUUCUCCCUACCCCGCGCCAAGCGGAAGACGGCUGUCCAGAAGGAAGAAGCGACCAUCCCCCUGCGCACCCAUGUCAAAUUCCGCAAGAACAUCAAGGAAAGGCUGCAGGCCUUUGAGCUGCAAGGGAGCCAGACGGUCGGCGAGAGGAACAUCAGUAUGACCCGAAUGUCGCCCAACGGCGAGCUUGUGGCCAUCGGCAACUGGGGCGGCCAGGUCAAGCUGCUUGAGAUCCCGAGCCUGUCCGACAAGAUAACCUACCGCGGCCACACCAACAAAAUCGGUGGCAUUUCAUGCCUCUGGGGGCGCUGA